GUACAAGGUGGUUUUGCAGGUCGCACAGCCAGUAUGCCUGUCCGUCAGACAUGGCGACGGGGCGUGGCGCUGGCACAAGCGUCUCGGGCACCCAAACUUUGGUGCGCUGAAGACGAUGGCGCGUACCGGGCUGGUGCGUGGCCUGCCUCCGAUCGAGCAUGUGGAGCAGGUGUGCGACGCUUGCCUCGCUGGUAAGCAGCGGCGGGCGCCGUUCCCACAGGUGGCCAAGUACCUGGUCACGGAGACGCUAGAGUUGGUGCACGCAGACCUCUGCGGCCCCAUCUCACCGGCAACACUAGGAGGAAAGAAGUUCUUCCUGCUGAUGGUGGACGACCACAGCCGCUUCAUGUGGGUGGUCUUGCUGGCGUCGAAGGACGGCGCCGCCGCGAGCAUCCAGAGGUUCAAAGCGACGGCCGAGCUAGAGUCCAAGCACCCUCUGCGCACGUUUCGCACAUAUCGCGGGGCAGAAUUCACCUCCAUCGCGCUUGGAGAGUUCUUCGCCGAGCACGGAGUACAACGCCACCUCACUGCCCCGUACUCUCCGGAGCAAAACGGGAUGGUGGAGCGUCGCAACUAGAUAGUGGUCGGCAUGGCAAAGAGCAUGCUGAAGGCAAGGAACGUGCCAAACAGGU